CUUGCGCUGUACGAACCUCAAGCUUCAAUUAUGGCAUUUUGUUUGGCAAAGAGCCAACCAAACCAGAUCAGAAAGUCACCGUUGAGAUUACAAACGUCAUCUCGGGUUGGAGUGGUGGUUUGCGGUAUGGAUUCACUAACGUGGACCCGAGUACACAUGCUGCGGACAACCUUCCACCAUACGCUAUUCCAAAUUUAAGCAGUAAACCACAAUAUCAUGCAGUGUCACUGUCAGAGAAGCAUGCUGCAAAAGGGACACGUCUGUCGUAUUAUUACACGAGUCAGAAUACCUGCGUUACUUUCAUUAACAACAAGCCCUUUAAAACAGAAAACAUGUCAAAGAUUGAUGUCACCAAGCCUGUUUGGCUGCUGCUGGAUGUGUAUGGUUGCACCAAAGGCAUCAAAGCUGUUGUUUCAG